AGUGCUGCGACUGCUGCAAAAAAAAACAUGGCGUCUUACAUGUUCAGUCGCGGCGUGCUAACAUUUGGAAUACACCGCCAGCUUGUUUAUAAAGGUGUUACACUUUCUCAGGUUAGAGGGGAGAAACGAUGGAUGAAAAAUUACAUGCAGUAUUUGGCGUUGAAGUUAAAGAUUGAAGGACCUCCUCCUCCGGAGCCGCGGUCGGUUAAACCUAACUGGGAUUAUCAGGCUGAGGUUCGAGCUUUCGGCAUCCGCCUCCAAGAAAACUUUUCCACAGAGCUACUCAAAACGGCCUUCGUCAAUCCUUGUUACCUGCAGGCGGAGCAGGACAAGAGGAAGGAAUUAGGCGUGGACUUGGAGACCACAGCUGUAGUUCUUCAGGACAACGUGCAGCUGAGGCAGCAGGGAGCAGCUUUCACCAAAAACUUCCUGACUGACUGGUGCAGGGCAAGUUUUCCUGUUCUGCCAGUUGAAGGCGUAGAGGCCAUUGUGGGGCAUCUCAGUAGCACAGACGUUGUGGUGCACGUCGCAAGAAAUCUGGGUGUUGAGGACCUUACCAGGAGUGCGGAGUUCCCUGUUCCCGAUGAUGUGCUCUAUUCCACGUUCAUGGCAGUGGUUGGAGCGCUGCAGGAAAGCAGUGGAGCAGAGAGAACUGGAUUUUUUCUUAGAGACUUCCUGGUAACUCAGACGAUUGGAAAAGACUUAUUCGAUAUGUGGACUGUGUUGAACCCUAUGGGACUUCUGGUGGAGGAAUUGACGAAGAGGAACAUUCCUUUGCCAGAGCCUCGUCUCAUCAGAUCUGCUGGAUCCCGUACUGUCCUAUCUCUCCACUUUGUAGGCCUGUACAGCGACAAGAAGCUCCUGGCGCAGGGUCCAGGAGAGACACUUAUUGCAGCUGAGGAGGAAGCAGCACGCGUAGCCCUUCGCCAACUUUACGGCUACACUGACAGCCGCAAACCCUUUGACUUUUUACCACAACAACAGCCGUUACUUCAAUYUGCCAGCAGCAAUUGAUUCAUAACAAAAAUACACCAGAAUAAAACUAAAUUUCACAGAUAAGUUUAAGUCCUACAGUCAAUAUAGAACAAUUCUGACUUUUUAAAAUUGGAGCAGCAGAGUCCUUAACAUCCAAAUAAGAAGCCCACUAUCUACAGAAUUAAAUGUACCAUCUAUUUGAGGUUAAUAUAUUUAGUAGGUAUUUUUGGUGGUUAAUAAUCUGCUGGAUAAUUUGUGUAUUCUACAAAUUAGCCCUGACAUCUGAUCAUUCACUUGUAAAUAAUGCAGAUGUUUGUGUACUUUGGAUCCUGUUAUGUUGUUUGAGUGUAAUAAAAUAUAAAUAUGUGUAUAUUAUUAUGA